AUGUGGAAGCCGUUUGCUCCCCUCCAACAGAGCCUCCUGAGCUUUGCCUCUGCCCAGGCCAUUCUGGUGAGCCACUUCGACUCCUUUCCUGACUGCUUCACUGAACAGGACAGACUCCCCAAACCCUCCCUCAGGGCAGAGAAUGGCUCUGUGGUGCCCAAAGGGGGAGCUGUGACCCUCAGGUGCAGGGGAUCAUGGGAGGCUGUACUGUGGCUGCUGGAGAAAAGGGGAGGAUCUGGAUGGUCACUGAUCAAAGAUGUGAGACAAGCUGGAAAUGAGGGCCAGGUUUCCCUCCCAUCUGUGACGCCACAUGAUGCAGGGACCUACCAGUGCCUCUACAGACAUUCAUCCUAUGGGUGGUCACAGCUGAGUGACCCCCUGGAGCUGGUGGUGACAGGCCUCUCUGCCCCGCCCUCCCUGGCAGCCCUGCCCAGCUCUGAGGUGGCCGAAGGACAGACGGUGACCCUGCAGUGUCGGUCAGAGCUAUAUCAUGACUGGUGUGUCCUGUGCAAGGAGGGACAAGAGAUCAGCCGCGGCAGGACCCGGAGCCAUGGAAGGGGGCGUCAGGCUGACUUCUUCUUCCCUGCUGUGAAUCUGACCCAGGAAGGCACUUACCGAUGCUUCGGCUUUUAUAGUUCUUCCCCCUCCCUGUGGUCCUCCCCCAGCGCCGCCCUGCUGCUCCGGGUCUCAGGGACCUUCUCUCCAAGCCCUGAGUCUGAGGACAGACUCUCUGAUGCUGCUGCCCUGGAUUACACCAUGGGCAACCUGGUCCGCCUCACCUUGGCUGGGCUGGUCCUCGUCCUCCUGGGGGUCCUGCUGGCUGAGCACUGGAAAAGCUCCAGAAGACAUCCGGUCCAGGCAGUCCUUGGCUGA